GGGGAGCGCGAGCGGGGCCGGCGGCGGCGGCGGGGCUGGGAGCGAGCGGCGGCGGCGGCGGCGAGCGGAAAUGCUUUCUCUGAAGAAAUACUUCACUGAAGGCCUCAUCCAGUUCACCAUCCUGCUCAGCCUGAUCGGUGUCCGCGUGGACGUGGACACCUACCUGACCUCGCAGCUGCCCCCCCUGCGGGAGAUCAUCCUCGGGCAGAGCUCGGCCUACACCCAGACCCAGUUCCACAACCUGCGCAACACCUUGGACGGCUAUGGCAUCCACCCCAAGAGCGUAGACCUGGACUAUUACUUCACGGCUCGCCGCCUGCUCAACCAGGUCAGGGCCCUGGACAGGUUUCAGGUGCCCAGCACCGAGGUGAGCGCCUGGCUGGUGCACAGGGACCCCGAGGGCUCCGUGUCCGGCACCCAGCCCAGCGCCGGCAUCGCCCUCGAGAACGGCGGCGGCCUGCAGGAUGGGAGCGGCCCCGACAGCGGCGUGAGGGAGAGCGGGGCCGAGCAGGGCUUCGGGGAGGAGCUGGAGGACCUGGGAGCGGUGGCUCCCCCGGUGAACGGGGACCUGACCAAAGAGGACAUCGAUUUGAUUGACAUCCUGUGGAGACAGGAUAUCGAUCUCGGCGCUGGGCGAGAGAUUUUUGACUACAGCCACCGCCAGAAGGAGAGCGAAGUGGACAAAGACCUGAGCGAUGGGAGGGAGCGCGGGGACGGCUGGCGGAGCGCAGGGAGCGAGGGCCUGGACAGAAACCUGCUAGUGGAUGGCGAGACCGGGGAGAGCUUCCCUGCGCAGGUGCCUGGCGCAGAGGAUCAGACAGCUCUGUCCCUGGAGGAGUGCUUAGGGCUGCUGGAGGCCACCUUCCCUUUCGGGGAGAAACCGGAGUUUCCAGCUGCAGAUGUCUCCACCCUGAGCGAAGCUGUGUCGCCCCUCGAGAGCCGGAGCCCGCGGGCCAUCCAGAGCAGCCUGCUGUGGGUCCUCUCCUCCCCAGAGACCGAGUCUCCCCCCAUCGACCCUGGAGCCAGCAGUUGGCAGGACCUCAUGUCUAUCAUGGAGAUGCAGGCUAUGGAAAAGUGAACCACGCCCUGAAAAACCUGUACAACGGCAACACAAAAUGCAGCGGGUGACCUGCUGGCUUCCUAAACUACAGCCUCCGCUCCAAACACUCCCAUCAAUCAGAAUGUCAGCCUGCAUCAGGCCUCUCUGGGCCAGCCUCCUUCCCAGGACCUUCUCCCCUUCAGCUCUGAAAUCGAAAGCCCCUCCCAUGGCUGGCAGCUCAGCCCCGCGCUCCAGCUGGCGACCGGACACUCCACCGGCCUCAACAGCCACCUUGCUCCCACCAACUUGAGCGGCAUCUUCUUCCCCCCGCAGCUGAACAGCACAGUCAACGAGACGGCUGGCCCCGAGCUGCCCGACCCGCUGGAGUGGCCCUGGCUGGACGAAGCCAUGCUCGAUGAGAUCAGCUUGAUGGACUUGGACUAUUGAGGAAGGUAUUUCAACCCGGUGUGACAGGCCUCGCAGCUGCCUCAGAAGAAGAGUUUGAUUCCUGACUCAGGUCUUUCCUCUGGAUUCUGGCCACAUGUCCUGCUUUCUCUUAGCAGCUCAGAAGCCUCCUCCUCUUCCCCCCUCCCCUCCUCCUCCUCCUCCUCUUCUUCCUUCCUCUUCCUCCCCCUCCUUUCCUCCUCUUCAGACUCUGAAAACGUGGACUUUGAGGAAACGGAAGGGGCAGUUGGGUACCAGCCUGAGUACAGCAAGUUCUGUCGCAUGAGCUAUCACGGACCCGUCGCGCAGCUCCACUACUUGCCUUUAGCUUACCCGCAUGGAGCACGUUGCCACAACCACACCUACAACAUGGCACCGGGGACGCUGGAUCCCGAGGAGCCCAAAUGCCCAGCGCAGGAAAGAAGAGGCAGCAAGGAGAAACCGUCAGAGUUCCUGGAAUGCAAGCAGAUGGGCAGGGACGAGCAUCGUCGAGCCAGAGCCAUGAAAAAUCCUUUCACAACGACAAGAAUCAUCAACCUCGCCCCUGUGGAGGAGUUCAACGAGCUGCUCUCCAAGUACCAGCUCAGCGGGAAGGCGCAGCUGAGCCUCAUCACGAGACAUCAGGAUCGCGAGGCAAGGAACAAGAUGGCUGCCCAGAACUGCCGCAAGAGGAAGCUGGACACCAUCCUGAACCUGGAACGGGAGUGGAGGGGACUUGGCAGAGGGACAAGUCCAAAACUGCUCAGGGAGAAGGUGGAGUUCAUCAAGACCAUCCGCCAGAUGAAGCAAAAGGUGCAGAACCUCUACCAGGAAGUGUUCGGCCGCCUGCGGGACGAGAACGGCCAACCUUACUCUCCCAACCAGUACGCCCUGCAGUACGCCAGCGACGGCAGCGUUAUUUUGAUACCUCGCACCUUGGCCGACCAGCAGGCCAGGCGGCAGGAGAGGAAACAGAAGGACCGGAGGAAGUGA